CGCCUCGAGUUGUACAAAUGUUUGAACUGGACUUUUCUGAAAGGGAAAACAGAACAGCUAUGUCUCAAGAAGAUCGUGAAUUUCUAAGGAAGGCUGAGGAGGGAAUUCAUCACCGUGAGGACUUACAAUAUGAGAUGCCACUCCCAUUCAGAGAAGAGAAUAUCCAGCUCCCAGAUAACUGCCCUCAAGCAGUUCAGCGACUUGCUGGUUUGAAGAAGAGGCUGCAAGCAAAUGACAAGUACCAUGCUGAUUAUGUUAACUUUAUGGCUGACACAAUAGACAAGGGACAUGCUCGUAAGGUAGACUCUGAGAAGUUAGUAACCCAGAAGGGUAAGGUGUGGUAUCUACCUCACCAUGGCAUUUAUCACCCGAAAAAACCAAGUAGCAUCCGUGUGGUGUUCGACUGUUCAGCACGCUAUCAGGGAGAAUCACUCAAUGACCACCUUUUACAGGGUCCUGACUUGACCAGCAAACUAACUGGCGUGUUAACAAGAUUCAGACAAGAGAAAGUUGCCUUUAUGGUGGAUGUUGAAAAGAUGUUCUACCAGGUUAAGGUGAAGGAAGAAGAUCAGGAUUUUCUUCGUUUCCUGUGGUGGCCCAACGGAGACUUGGCAGUGGAGCCUGAAGAAUACUGUAUGACAGUGCAUCUGUUCGGUGGUGGAUCUUCACCAGGCUGCUCAAACUUUGCGCUCAAGCGUACUGCAGGUGAUAGUGAAGCUGAGUUUGGUGUGAAGGCUGCAGAAACGCUUAAGAAGAACUUUUACGUCGAUGACGUAUUGAAAUCAGUGCCGACAGAGGAAGAUGCCAUAGAACUUGUUCAUAACGUUAAGAAUAUGUGCGCAAAGGGAGGAUUCAACCUCACGAAGUUCGUCAGCAACAGUCGAAGAGUGAUUAUGUCAGUAUCGCCCGAAGAUAGAGCAAAGGAAAUUAAGGGCCUAGACUUAGGUCAAGACAGGCUUCCCAUAGAGAGAGCUUUGGGCGUGCAAUGGUGCAUUGAAUCAGAUGCGUUUAAGUUCAGGAUAGAGUUGAAAGAUCAGCCUUGUACUCGUAGGGGAAUGCUGUCAACAAUCAGCUCAGUCUAUGAUCCUUUGGGAUUCAUAGCGCCUGUCAUCCUCGUUGGAAAGCAGAUAUUGCAAGAAAUUUGUCACAGCAACAGUUGGGAUGACCCAGUCCAAGGUGAUGUUCUUGCCCGUUGGGACAAGUGGAGAAGUCAACUACCCCUCCUAGAGCAGCUCAGCAUUCCAAGGAGCUUCAAGCCCCCUGACUUUGGUCAGAUUGUCUCAGCGCAACUGCAUAAUAUGUCGGAUGCUUCAGAAACUGGAUAUGGGCAAUGCUCGUAUCUACGCUUAGUUGAUGACAACAAUCAGGUACAUUGCUCUUUGGUCAUAGGCAAGGCACGCGUUGCGCCAAGGAAAACAGUCAGCAUUCCCAGGCUAGAACUAGCAGCUGCUGCUGUCUCAGUAAGAGUGGCUGAUGUGCUCAAGAACGAAUUGGAUUAUGAGAGAAUAGAAGAGUUUUAUUGGACGGACAGUAAGGUGGUUCUUGGGUUCAUCAACAAUGAGUCUCGAAGAUUCCAUGUCUAUGUGGCAAAUAGAGUGCAGUUGAUACGAGAUUACACUUCACCAGCACAAUGGCGAUACGUAGAGUCGGCAUCAAACCCGGCAGAUGAAGGUUCGCGAGGUCUGAAUGCAAGUGAUUUUCUGCAGAAAUCACAAUGGAUCAAUGGUCCAGGUUUCUUGUGGCAAAGUGAAAAUCAUUGGCCAAAGCAAGGUUCAUAUGAAGAUGAAAUUGACCCCAGCAGUCCAGAAGUGAGAAAGAUCACUGCAAAUUCUACCAUCGUAGAAGAGAAGAAAGACAUGCUGAGCAGGUUAGAAAGAUUUUCCAAUUGGCAAAGGUUGAAGACAGCGAUCGCUUUAUGCAUGAUGUACAAACAGCGGCUGAAAGUGAGCAUAAGCAAAGCAAUUAGUGGAUCUUCAGCGAAAAAAACCUCUCAGAACAGUGAUCGAAAUAGCGAUUAUACAAGUUGUUCUGUUGUUGUACCUGUUAUGGUGAACGACUUGGAACAGGCCGAAAUAGAAGUUAUCAAGUUAGUGCAAGCUGACGCCUUUGAAAAAGAAAUUACAGUCUUAAAGGGCCUUCAAGCUGAUGGAAAGCGUGAAUGUCGACAGGAGGAUAAAGAUAAAAAUGUUGCAAUGAAGAGAACCAGCAGUCUGCAUACACUGGAUCCAUUUUUGGAUAGCAAUGGGGUUCUAAGAGUUGGAGGACGGAUCAAAACCCCUAUCAUCUUGCGGAAAGCUGGCCAUGUCACAACACUGAUAAUCCGUCAUGUUCAUGAGAAGACCCAACAUAGUGUACGAGGUGUCACGUUGAAUGAGCUAUGCACAAACGGUUAUUGGAUCAUUAAUGGGAAUGCAGCUGUCCAGCAUUUCAUCUCAAAAUGUGUCAGUUGUCGCUACCUUCGUGGAAGUACUGGAGAACAGAAAAUGGCCAAUCUUCCAAAGUCACGUCUUGAGCCUGCGCCCCCAUUUACAUACUGUGCAGUAGACUAUUUUUGACCAUGGCAUGUUAAGGAAGGCAGGAAAGAAGGCAAAAGGUAUGGAGCGUUAUUCACAUGUAUGGCUAGUCGUUCUAUCCACAUUGAAGUAGCACACUCAAUGGAAACAGAUUCAUUUCUACAAGCUUUACAGCGUUUCAUUAGCUGAAGAGGGCCCACAAGAGAGCUCUGCAGUGACCAAGGAACUAAUUUUGUGGGAGCAGACAACGAGUUGGAGAGGGCGCUCCAAGAAAUGGAUGAUGAUCAGAUUAAGGCAGAGCUUCUAAAGGAUGACAUUGACUGGGUUAGGAACCCCGCCACAGCAAGCAACUUUGGAGGAGUGUGGGAAAGGCAAAUUCUGUCUGUGCGAAACAUUAUGGUGGCACUCAUGAGAGAACACAGCCACAGUCUGGACAAUGAAGCGUUGAGAACCUUAAUGUGCGAGGCCGAAGCGGUUGUGAACAGUCGCCCCCUUACGGUUGACACCUUGAGUGAUCCACUUUCACCACAACUGCUUACCCCAAACACCCUUCUAACUGGCAAAUCGAAGCUCAUUCUUCCACCUCCUGGAAAGUUUCAAACAGAAGAUGUCUAUUGUUAGCGACAUUGGAGGCAUGUGCAACACAUUGGUAAUGAGUUUUGGGUCCGAUGGAGCAAAGAGUACUUACAGAGCCUACAAGUAAGAAACAAAUGGACAAGACAACAUAGAAAUUUUACCGAAGGUGAUGUUGUAUUGCUGAAGGACAACAACACAUGCAGAAACCAGUGGUCUUUGGUUAAAGUGCUCACUACUCAUCAAGACGAUCAAGGUCAGGUCAGAUCAGUAACUGUCCGAACUUCAAAGGGAUCCACACUGGAUUGACCUAUUAACAAGCUGGUUCUUCUGCUAGAGUCAUCGCAAGAGAGACUGGGAAUCCCUGACGAGGAGCCAUACGAGAUUACAGAGUGAAUUGAAGUAUAAACAUUUAGCAGAGACACUGUAAGAUCUAGAUACAGAGACAUAGAAUAGGAUGAAGGACUGUUUUGUUUAAAAUGACGAACAUUUUAGAGGAGCCAUAUAAAUGCUACUGCAUUGAGUUGAACAGUGGUAUUGCGCACUAGGCACCAGUUUUCCCUUGAUGUAGAGUCACGUGACAAAAAAGCACAUGAGUUUUGCUGUUCCGAACAAGGUCGAACCUUGGCAGUUUGUAAAGGUACUAUUUUCACCUCAGUUCUUUCGUCAAAGACUGUGAUAAUUCUGAACUACACGCCGGAAGUCUUAAGGCAAGGAAGGUAUGGAAGACUUGUGUAUCAGAUGUAGCAAAAUUAAAGAUGUGGCAGUUCGUUUACAAGCCGUGGGUAUGAUCUCUUGGAACUUACCGACGGUCACAUAUUGAGAUAUAUAAGAUGCUAGAAAAUGGAGCAAUGUUUUCCCAGGAAAAAAUUCAAACCAAUGUUCCUGGAUUUUUGUGGAAAACAUGUGGUGCAGAGGGUGUAUAAACAAAAUCAGACCUAAUCCCUGUCUGAAGCUCCAAAACUAAGGGCUAAUAAAUUUUCGAUACACAUGGUUUGGAUGAGUGUUGAUGUAGUGGGGGUGAUGACAUGUGAAACGAAAGAGAAUGUAUCAAAGACCAGAGAGCAGGUACAUGAUGAUAGGUAUUUAUGAUCUGCCCGGAACAAAAUGGAACAAAUAUGAACUUCUCUGUACUCAUAAAAUAAUGUUUCUUUAGACAGACAGCUUUACUUUAAUCACACAUUAAGGGUCACUGUGGAAGCAGCUCAAUUGUUUCUUUGUUUCAUUUCUUUUAGUGCUGGAAAUUUGUGACAAAUCUUAUGAAUUCACCAUAUCAGAGGUAAUUACAGUAACGGCAAUAGUAGUAAGGACCUUAAGAUACAAGGACAGGAAAAGCAGUGGAUGUGGGAAACUUUUGCAGGAUCUGUCUUGUAACCAAAGACUACAUGCUUAAGAUGUGUAUUUUCAUAUAGGACAGCGAAAUCAAUAGCAAAAGCUUUUCACACAACCAAUGAUGACAUCCUCUAUAGAUGGUAGAAAUCUUAUCUUUUUAAGCCUUAUUGAUGGUAAAGAGAUGACCCUGAAUUUAUUCUUCUUUAUGUAUAUGAGGCAAACGUCUCUGUCAGUAUUCAAUAAUGAAUCUAGAAUAUCUUUAUGAAGAAAUUACAUGUAUACAUGCAAAUGAUCUGAUAAACCUGUGUCAGAUGGCUUUUUGCCACCAGAGCAUUUGAGAAUCCUGACUUUAGGUGUACAUAUAAUAUUCCCAGCUUAGUCAAUCAAACCCAUUUGAAGUGAAUUUCAAUCAAUCUGAAUCCAUGGAUUGAGUUCGGCAAUCAAACGAAGUUGAAUACACAAAAUUGGACAAUUGAACUCAAUCUAGUGCGUGAUUUGCAAACUCUUGAUUUUUGUAAAACUGGUGUUGAAAAGCAGUAAAACAUUUUAGGAGGCUGAAAUACCCUCAGUAUAACAUGUGUUUGUGGUGUUUCUCAGACCACAUAAAAUGACCUUUGUUCAAGGGAAUUUAUUCACCAAACAAUCGAACACAAUCCAUUGGAAUGUGUUCAAUUAGGUUCAGUUGUCAAACUUGCUCAAACACAAUUUCAUGGAUUGAAUUCAAUUGGGUCCAGUUUGUUUUUUUCACUCAAUAGAUGCUUUCAAGACACUUGUGCAAAAUUAUCUAAACUGUACUUAACACUGAUUUAUUCUUGAUGCAUAUUUUCUUUUGCUCUUCCACAAUUACAUCCAUUGGUGACAGAAACAUGAGCAGACAAGGAAUAUAGUAUCACAUUUUCCACCAUAUUAUUUUUACUCUACAGUCACAAAAAAAAGCAAACUUAAUAAACAUUUUCAUCAACAUAACUGACAAUAACAUGGAUUGGAACAGUUGUUAAACCAAAACAAGAGUGAAAUACUUACAUUCUUGAUACCAUGGCUAAGUGCUUGGUAUGGCAUCCUUGAUGAGAAGAGGAUGGCAGAGAGAUGAGUUGAGAGUUCUCUUGCACAGGCCUGGUUGUGUAAAUUUACUUCCUGUACCUAUCCUACACUAGCUUGUCCUGUCCUGAUAUAUUAAGGUCCCUAAUUAUUGGAAUGAUGAUGAUAUCUGCAUUAUUUAUAAAGUAGGAAGCUUAAGUCUCAAAGAGAUGUAAAAAUGUCUUCUUCAGUAUUAGAGAUUUAUCACUCUCUUUGUGGCUUCAACAGAAGUUAUAAUAAUGGUGUUAAAUAGAAUUCAUCAGUUUGCAACUUAUUAUAACUGUCAUAACUGUGUGUAACAAAUUAACAAAUUAUUUGUAUAGGCAUAGCAUGAUUUCAUUGGUUAUAGUGUAUACUUAUUUCUUUCUUUAUUUAUUUAUUUAUUACAAUUUAAUCACAUCAAAUCAACAAAAACAGAGAUCCAAUAAGGGUAGUCCUUAAAGGAGUCAUACACCCCACACUCAGACAGUCCACCUACAUUAUAAAUAUAUGAAAAAAAAUUAAAAUUAAUAUAUUAUAUAAGCUAACCAGUUCAGUUGGUAUUCAUUAAGAAGCUCAUUACACCAUGCUCAAAACUUGAAAUACUAAGCACUGAUCUAACUAUAAAUGGUGGCAAAUUCCACAUGUCUACAAUACAAUUAAAAAACUAUGCUGAAAAGUGUUUGUUCAAGCAUUGUUCUUCUUUAAAGUAAGUCUAUCUUUUUGUCUCAAAGGGUACCUAGCAGUAUUAGAGUAAAAUUGAACAUAUGAAUUAAGAGAUACUAAAGCAGGAUCAAUCAUUGUACUGUAGGAUAAAAACUACUGAUUGUAAAAAAUAACAGCAAACAAGUGAAAUUAUAAUGGUGAUAAUCAACAGAUAGAAAUACCAAAUAUAAUUUUCAUUAAUAGUGUCACUUUUGUUUAGUGCGCAAUAAUUUUAGAAUCAUUAUAGUUUGAUGCUGGAGUGAUGCACUAAACAAAUAACUCUCAGAAGAAAGAUGUAAUCAGGAAACAGAGAUGAUUUGUAGUUUUUUGUACCAAGGUAAUUAACUUCUUUUUGGUCCAACAACUCAGCUGACCUUAACUCCUCAAGGACAAAGUCAACAGUGCUAAAAACGUUUUUCUUUGGUGCUUGAUUGUAAUCCUUUAAAGCAUUUUCAUAUGACAUCAUUAAAAGAGCCACCAAAGUUUUUUAUCCUCAUCAAGCAUAAUUGAAGGGUUGGUAAAAACCAUGCUAAGUGACGAUGCGGGUGAAUUUUUUUUGGUCAAAAGUGCCUAAAUUUUUGCAUAUGGUCAUCAAUGUAAUAGAAGAAAAUUGUUGUGUAUUUUUGUUGCUGGUUUUUGCUUUGUUUUUAAGCUAUAACAUAUGCAAAAACACUUGGCUUUUCUUAGCUGCGUCUUUAGGAGUUUAUUUGUUGAACAAAUCUCAAAUGAAGGGCCUCAUUCUCAGUAAAUUGACUGACCUGGACUUUUCUCACUCGUUUGCACAUCGUUGGAAGAAAGUCUCCCUGUGACAAAAUAGCUUUCUCUGGAGCAAUGAAGGUGGUGUCUUAUUAAUAUGAUGUGUAAAUGCAGCUUUUGUUUAUAGUGUUUGAAGUCAAAAUCAAAUCCUGCAGUAUCAGUUAGCUAUCUUCCUUGGAAGUUGAAGAAUAGCAUAAAAAGCAGGAAUCUGGGAAACAUUGUUUAGAUCGGUUAUUGUGAUGUGGAACAGAAAAGAGAUGGGAUGCUUUAGAGCUCCGUCAAGUAACAAUUGAAGUGUUCUUUUAAAGUACAUAUUUGCAUGCCUGCCUGCCUGGUUGAGAAGCAUCAUAGAGCCUUGAUAAACCCGUGUCAUGUAUUUGGUUUAUUUCGAUCGAAGCACAUGGAACAGAAUGCGCAUAAGUGCGCAUGCUCAUAAUGUCAACCGCUGGCUCAAUACACUACAACUCCUCCCCCUUAAGCCAGUCUCGUACCCCAAAAGUUCAACACAACAUGCUAUUCUUAAAAUAAAGUCAGAGCCCUAGAAAUGGGCAGUUCAAUGUUCAAAGGUCCAGUCGAGCUGGGGGCUUCCUCUCUCUGGUAGGGUAUCUUCUAACAGGAACAUGUUCAAUCUGGCUCGGCA